AUUAAAACGGACUAAACUACAGAUGCGAAAUUCCAUAAGAGUAAACGAUGACUACAAAUAAAUGUACGUAUAUAGUGACAUUUGCAAACCAAGUAGUUUUUGAAACUUAUUAAAAAUGUCCCAAAAUCAAGUAGUUGAUAAAAACGUUACUGAAAUUGUACCCAUGUUAACACUCCCUGCAGAGAUUCGUGGCCAGAUAUUUAAUUUACUGCCCUCAAAAGAUGCUACAACUUGUCGUCUAGUGUGUAAUCAGUUUAAGGCAGAAGUGGAUGAAUUCGUCGAAUUCUCAGCAGAUCUGGAUGAAACACAAGGAAAUGAGAAUGGGUGGUACCUGCCAAGAAUUCUAAACUUGAGGUUAAGAGAAGUUGCAGUGAAAAGUUUAGUUGGACCUCCGUGUUUAUUUGGUCAUGUUGGAACACAACUGCUCCGAUAUCCACACCUUCUUCGAAGAUUGAGGGUUGUAAACUCCAAAAUUUCAGUUGAAAACUUGCAUUACCUUCUUUUAGAUAGUGCGACCACCCUUCGUCAUCUCGACCUAAAUUUAGCUCCUCCGGUGACAACUUCACCCACCGAAUUGGGCCUUUCACCGGAUAAAUUUUCAUACAAGUUUAAAAAUGUGACACAUUUAUCGCUUAGCAUUAGCACAGUGCCUUCUGCCACUGAGGAGGCUGUACAUUUCGUGGAAGCGCAGGUGAUGAGAGGCCCUCCAAUGGCAAUUCAGGAAGACGCCAUACCUAUUCUUCUCCUUUCAUCAAAAUUUGACUGUAUUCGAAAUCUCCGUGUUCAAAUUAGAUGCUGUCUGGGAUUCAGACAGGCUUCUCAGUUAUCAGCUCUGGUUUUGCGACUCGUUUCAAAGAGCUAUCAGAGUCUGAAAUCAUUUGAUUUAGAUUUAAUUCAAGGGCACGGACUUCCAGUUUCCGAAGAAAAACCUCUUGCAGAUUCGGACAUGGAAAAAAUUGAUAUCGCAACCCUAAACAGAGUAACGGCUUUGGAAAAUAUACGAAUAAUAAACUCUACGGCUGUUGGAAUAACUUUAUGGCAAAACGUGUUGGCAAAUCAGAAGAAAUUGAAGUGCAUGGAGACGGAUAUUCUUCCAGCACCUGCUGCCUUGUUCCGGCAAAUAAUUUUAAAUAACAAACUAACACUGACAGAGGUAGAUAUUGGCGACCUUACUCUCGACAUUGAUGAAGAGACAGGAAAAAUCUUGCCUUUCGAUAUGGCCAUUUUUGCUAAUUGUUUGCAUCUCACGAAGCUCACAUUGGACAGAAAUUCUCUGACCCGUCGCCGAGGUCCAGUUCAAGAGGCCGAGCUAAUUCAACUCUCCCACCUGCCAGAAAAAGUUACCGAGUUGAAUAUAAACUAUUUUCUGGUACCCUCCGAUGAAUUAAUGAGCUUGUUCAAUCCGACGAGAGGUUUAAUAUUAAUUUCUCUCACACAAUGCGGGGACUCUGGACCAUUUGGAGUUCAUGGUUCUGUUCUCCAGAAAAUAAUUACCCUUCCCACCAUUCAGUUCAUAGAGAUUUCGCCUUUAAAUUAUAGCGUUGAUGUUACAGAAAGUCAAAAGCUUGAUCUAAUUCUCACCACGUUUGGUUAUCCUAAAAAGCAUUCUUAUUUUCAAUUGAGAAGAGUGGACGCAUCAACGCCAGACAAAGACAGUAAAGUUGAUUUGGACGAUUUAGAGUUUCAGUAGUCUCUUGUGAACAAAUUAACUUUCUUGCAAGUUAUUUACUAAGGAUUAAUAAACGAAUCAAAAUUACUCAUGUCUAAUAUUUCACUA